UGAUGGAAAUAUGGAUUCAAUCUAAAAGAAAUUAGCUAAGAAUAGAGAAUCUGCUAGAAAUUCAAGAGCCAGAAAGAAACUAUAUUAUGAACUUAUGGAAAUAAAAGUGAAAUAAUUGCAAGAUGAAGUAAAAAGAUUAAAGGAAAAUAAUUGUUAUCAAACUAAUGACAAUUAAUUUUGUAAUAAAAAUACAGAGAAUGUAUAUUUUAUAUAAUAAUAUAGUUUUAAACUUUUUUAGAUUAAUAAUAAUUAUUAUUUGAUAAAUUGGAAAAUUGCAUAUUGAAAAAUUAAGAUAAUUUUGAAAUUUCAAUGAUUUUAGAUGAAUUAAGAUAAUUAACUAAUUAAAAUAAUCAAAAUCGUAAUGAUGCUGUUAGAUAAUACUUUGAUUCUAUGAUUGAAGUAUGCUUGCCAAUCUAAACUAAAUAUUUGAUUUAUUCUAUAGAAUAGAAUAAAGAUUUCUUUGCAUUAUAAUCAGAGUAGCUUUUAUUAUUAUCAUUAGUGAUUAUACUGAAUGGAUGAAAGAGACAUUUAAAAAAACAAAAAUUUAAUAGGAUCAAAUUAUUGAAGUCAAAAGAAUGGAAUCAAAAAUAAUGAGUAUCAGAAAUAAUAUAUCUGAGUAUUAUUAAUCAAAAAUUUAGUUCAAUACAAAAAAUUAAGGAUCAAUUAAAACUAAUUCAAAGUGAAACCACUUAGAUUGACUAAAUAUGGGAAUAACUUAAAGAAUGUUUAACUCCUAUUCAAUUAGGAACAUGUAUUUUAGCAAUAAAAUAAGUAAAUAUUAUAACUAAAUUUAGAAUUCUUUUCGUUAAGAACUAUAAACCUCUUCCUUAUUUAUUUAAUUAAAUAAUAUUUAAAUGGUAUAUAAAAUGAUUAUAUUUUUAGAAAUAAGAGGAUAAAAAAAUAUAAUAAUUUAAUUAAUCUCCUAUUUCUAAUAAUAAUUAACUCAUUACAAAAUCAAUAUAAUGA